GAUGUUGCACCGACCCCUUUUGUCAUUCUCCCAUAGCUAUCAGUGCCCCGGAAUAGUCGCUGUAUGGUGCAAUUCACCGCGAUCAGUUCGGGACACUUCGGGACACCGCAGAGCGGUGAGCAACCUCGGAACUGAGCGUGCGCGUGCUUCUAGCGAGUGGAGCGAGCAACACUCUGCAACAGUGCAACCCGACCUACAGCCGACCUACAGCCGUACCGCCAUCCGAGUCGUGUCUCCUCCUACUACCCGACCUUCCUACUCUUUACCUGGCACUGCUCUGAUUCAUUCCUUACCUCUGGCGUAUUCUGGACGACUGAAGAUUGCCCGCCGGACCUGUGCGCGCGCUCAUCAUGACGCUCUCGUUCUACGAGUUCCAGCUCGUAUGCCUCAUCGCGCUAUGUCUCUUCUUCAUGCUGGUCGAACGCCAGCUGUCUCCCAAACGAAAAGAGGGUGUGCGUCUGCACGAUGGCCUCCAUGCGCCGACUCCGGCGUUGCACAAGCUUUCGAGACAGUAUCUGUCUGCUUACGCGAUAGUUAUGGGAGCGGACUGGCUGCAAGGGCCGUAUAUCUACUCUCUGUACAAGGAACAGUACGCGUUUCCCGAGCGUUACGUCGCACUGCUCUUUGUCACUGGCUUCAUGACGGCCGGGCUCGCUGCGCCCAUGGUCGGAGUAUGGGCCGAUCAAUAUGGCCGGCGCAAGCUUUGCUUGGCGUUCUGUAUCACCUAUACGCUCACCUGCGUGCUCAUACAACUGCCCUACUUCCCCAUAUUGAUCCUGGGCCGCUUCCUCGGCGGAUUCUCUACCUCCAUCCUAUUCUCCGUGUUUGAGUCAUGGCUCAUCUCGGCGUCCAACUCCCUUGCCCUGCCGGCCGCUGACCUGUCCACCAUCAUGGGUCGCGCGUCCCUGGUAAACGGCUUCGUCGCUGCCACUGCCGGAGUGGCGAGCAACCAACUAGUCAGUUCGACGGGCUCAUUCGCCUCUCCAUUCGUUGCUAGCGGCGUGCUUCUCGUGCUUGCGUGGGUCGUCAUCCGCGGGUCGUGGACAGAAAACUAUGGCAGCGGUGGCGGCACUUCCGCGAGCGCGGACCCGCUGCAACUGAGGCGUCUCGGGCAAGCUCUCCAGAUCGUUCGCAACGAGCCGUCCCUGCUUGUCAUCGGCCUGACGCAGACCUGCUUCGAGGGGUCCAUGUACCUCUUCGUCUUCAACUGGGUGCCGGCGCUGCAGGAGGCCGCGCGCCCGGGCGCGCUUCUCCCGCUGGGCUACAUCUUCUCUGCGUUCAUGGUCAGCAUGAUGAUCGGCUCGCUCCUGUACACGUCGCUCGUAUCGCUGUUCGCUCGCGCGGAGGACGCGCCGCUCGACGCGGGCGGCCCCGCAAGCGACGCGCCACUGACGCUGCACGCGAAGCUGAGCUCGCUCGUGUGCGCGGUGAGCGCGGUCGCGUUUGCAGUGAGCGUGGAGAGUGGGAGCGAAUAUGUGCGGUUCUGGGCGUUCUGCACGUUUGAGGCGUGUGUGGGGAUGUAUUAUCCCAUCCAGGGCAUGCUCCGUGGAUCGCUGAUAUCGAACGAGCACCGAGCAACGCUCUCAUCGUUGUUCCGUGUGCCGCUGAACAUCUUCGUCGUGGUCUCGCUCCUCACAGGAGUGUCCUCCGCACGGUACACCGUGCUCACCACUAGCUCACUCAUGCUCGUCCUCUCCUCGCUCAUGACCGCAGCAUUCCUCGUCGAGCGCAUAGAGUUCUCUGCUCCCUCAGUACCUCACCCCGCCUAAUAUCUGUAUAUCAGCAUACAAUCAGCAUACCCUCAAAAUGCCCACGGACAUAUCACGCCUACUGUACAGCCUUUCUUUGUCACUGAAUACAUAUUCGAUCUCUGAUUGACAGGCUCGGUUUGGCUAUCUCCGAGCAGUCUCGACACGGCUUCGGUGGCCC